GUAGCGUUCGGUUUGUGUGGACUAAUGCUUCUCAAAACAUGGAAUAUUUAUGCAUGAAUUGGAUUGAAAAUGGAUGAUCCUGGCUAGGAGUGAUGUCCAACGUUAAGGUAGCGGUGAGGGUAAGACCUCUGAGCGAAAAAGAACGGGAGAAAAAUGCCAAGUUUAUUGUGGAUGUCAGUGGAGACACGGUCAGUGUCGAGAACAUCAAGGUUGACGGUCAGUCCGACUUUGGUGACAGUCGGGAGCGAGUUAAAAACUUCACAUUUGACUACUGCUAUGACUCGACUGUGGAGCCUACCUCUCCAGCCUUCGCCUCACAGGAACUGGUGUUCCAAGAUCUUGGUACGGAGGUCCUACAGGCAGCCUUCGAGGGAUACAAUGCCUGUCUUUUCGCCUACGGACAGACAAGUACAGGGAAGACCCACACCAUGAUGGGACGACAGGAAGAUGCAGGACUGAUUCCAAGAAUAUGUGAGGGGCUGUUCAGUCAUGUGGAUAACUUUGUGGACCAAGACAACUUAUCAUUCCAUGUGAAGAUCAGUUAUCUGGAGAUCUACAAUGAGAGAGUUCGAGAUUUGCUGAGACCAUCACUAUUAAAGAAAAAUGAGAAGUAUACCUUAAAAGUACGAGAACACCCAAAGGAUGGACCAUAUGUUCAGGAUUUGUCAACCCAUUUCAUCAACGACAACCAACAGAUCCAGGCUAUUCUGGAGAGGGGCAACGAGUACAGAACGACUGCAUCUACAUACAUGCAUGAUCAUAGCAGUAGAAGUCACGCCAUUGUUACCAUAGAAUUCACCCAGGCUAAAAUAGAAGAUGAUCUACCUCAUGAAAUUGUCAGUAAACUUCACCUGGUGGACUUGGCAGGCAGUGAGAGAGCUGACCCCAACUAUUGGUCAGGAUACAAAGGCCGUCUACGAGAAGGCUCCAACAUCAACAAAUCUCUGGUCACACUUGGCAAUGUCAUCAAGGCUCUCGCUGAACGGUCUAUCCUGUCCUGUAGUUCCGAUAGUCUUGGAGCCUCCGUGGCCAGUAUCCAAAGUAGUCCUGGGGGUGAUGGGGCAGCAACAAAAAAACGUCUUCCAUACAUUCCAUAUCGCGAUUCUGUCCUCACAUGGCUCCUGAAGGACAGCCUAGGGGGCAACUCCAAAACUAUCAUGAUCUCAACCAUCACUCCAGCCAGCAUGUACUACAAUGAAACACUUAGUACUCUCCGAUACGCACAACGGGCAAAGAGCAUCAUCAACAAACCCAAAGUCAAUGAGGACCCCAAUGUGUCGCUGAUCCGGGACCUGCGACGGGAGAUUGAACGUCUCCGGGAAAUGUUGGUGUCAACUCGCAUGGCCAAUUCUAGAUCCUCACUCAAUGAAAUAAUUUUCCUCAUGCCUCCGAACAUCCAGAAAAUGCAUGACAUAGACAUGGAUAGUGAUCAGGGUGACUCAUUCCUACAACUUCCUGAUUCCAAUUCUGUACUGGCAGAAAAACUCCAAGAAAAUGAAAACAUGGUUGACAAGCUCACACAGACAUGGAUAGAUAAAUGGAGGGAAGCUCAUGAGGCCAUCAGGGAUUCGGACCUCAGUAUCCGGGGUUUGAGGGGUAAGAGUAACUCUAUGGGGGUUCUGAUUGAAUCACAGAUGCCUCACCUAGUUGGCAUGGACGACGACAUUCUCAGUACAGGAGUGACCAUCUACUACCUCAAGGAGGGUAAAACUUUGUUGGGACGGGAGGAUGCUGAUCGCGAACAAGAUAUAGUGCUGAGUGGGCCAUCUGUCCAGAGGGAGCAUUGCUUCAUCAAGAACAUGCUGGGCAACGUUAUCAUACACCCAAACAGGAGAGCUAACUGUGCCAUCAAUGGCAUUGAUUGUCGGGGACCAACUCGCCUCAAACAGGGUGACUACAUCUUGCUGGGUAAGACCAACAUGUUCCGCUUUAACAACCCAGCCGAGGCAGCCAAGCUCCGGAUGAGCCGACAGAAUUUGGCUGUGGCUGGUGCAGAAUCACAGGAAAACCUUAACAUCUCCGAUCCAUCCUCACCAGACUUUGACAGACAUGUCCACCCUCUCUAUGCUCAUUGUGAUGCAUCUGAAUUUUGCCACCAACUAGAAAGGGACUUUGACUCUGACCCUAAACGCAUAGAGGAAGCCAAACGGGAACUACAGAGGGUACGUGAUGAACAUCGAAAGGCUGAGGAGGAGAGGCAACUGCGAGAAGAGGAGUUGUGGCGUUUACAUGAAAGUCACAAACAAGAAAUUGAACAUCAGCGGCAUUCAUUGACUGAAAUCGCUGAAGAGAAUCUUACCCAGCACCAGAGGGCUGAGGAGGAACUUGCUUACGCCCGCGACUGCCUACAACAGGAGAAAGAAGCUUUUCAGCAGUACCUACAAGAAGAGUUAGCUAAAGUCCAGAAAGGACGGACAAAGUCUGAGUUUGGCUCUCAGACCGAGUUAGGUGUAGUCCAGACUGUAGAUGUAGGGUGUGAUCAGGGACUACAGGAUAUUGAGAGGAAGAAGGAGUCCUUACAAGGCCAGAUCAAGGCACUGGCCCAGGGAGAACUCAUCCGUUGCCUGUCAUACCGCGACACGGAACUGAGACUUUUUGAGGAAGCAGAGGAAAUUGAGGACCAAUACCAGACAACUCAGGAGCAACUCAAUGCUGAGCUGCAGCAGCUGGAGGAGGUAGAAAAGGGUUACCGCUCAGGGGACCGCACUGAGCUGCAGGACAUAACACGUACGGAUGAUGACUUGACAGAUCUUGACCGACAACAGAAACAGUUACACCAGUAUAUAGCGGAAAAGGAGGGUUUGAUGCAGGUCGGUCUGGAUGUACCUCGUCCCCUCAGAUCAGCCUGUAGUGAGGAAGUGCUGACUGAUGCUCAGACAUCCAGUUUGGGCUUCCCCUUCAGGGCUUCUAGUCUCCUGGCUUUAAAACAGGGCAGUGAAGGGGACCUACCGUCCAUGUCAGCGAGGCUAUCUCUCAGAUCCUCUCUAAAUAUCACUUCCUUGGACUCGAUACCAGACAGUGUGGAGAGCAUGGACACAUCCUCAUCACUUCCAAGCUCUUCAAGUAACCAAGGAGUAUCCACAAGAAAACGGUCAACCAGGAGUCCAGCCUCAGAUACACUGACCUCCGGGGCUAAAGAGGUCACAAGUCGGCUGUAUACAGCACCACCUCCAAAAUUUAAAUAUGAACCUAAACAGAAAUCCAAAGUGGUGCCUAAGACAAAUUCAGUGAGGAAGCGUGAUGUUAAGAAAGACACAAGUGUUGGUGUAGGUAGGAAUAUCCCCAGUACUGAGAGUAAAAAAGGAACUGAGGAUGGAAAAAGUUUAAGAAAGUCAAAAUCUCCAUCACCUGGUAGACAGACUGUACCAUUGCCAGGACGACAAAGUACACCAUCCCCUGGAAGACGCACUAGCCCAUCACCAGGGAAACCUGCUUCACCAGCACAAAGGAAACAGAAAUCACCACAACCAGAACAUACAAGUAAGGGUGAAGGUCAUGAUAAGGAGAAAGUGAGUGAUCCGGGGUCAACUGGUCAGUCAGUGACCAAACGUAUAAGACAUGGCAGUGAUGAAUCUGGUGUGGUACCCCGCCUUAGACAGAGCGUAUCACAACCCACACUGACCCUAAAUAGGGGUCUCACUAACAACCCACGGCUCACACCAACCAAACUACGACCAAUAAACAGUGCUACAUCCCUGGCCAGUGUUCCUGAGGCAGUAGGUGAAGAGACAGAGGCUGUGGACAAUGGCCAAGUCACUCACACGGCUGUUGUCCGCAGGCGAAAAAAGCGUCAGUUUGAUGAAGACGAUACACGGAGACAUUCUGAGCCUGUUGGAGAAUCCCUUGCUGAUGCAUUUGAAAAGUAUACACAGGAAAUGGAGGCGAGUAUAGAAAUACCUGUAAUAUUAUUGCAUGAUGAUUCACCUGGUGAGCAGGUAUGGGCUAGGCACCAUGGCAGUAGUGUGUCAGAUUCUGAUGAUGUGCCAUCUAGUGACAAUACAAACAAUAGUGACGCCAGUGAAGAAGUUUCAGCCGGACAGAAUCAUCAGUCCUUCAGUGUCAUCCCCAGUACAUCUGACCUGGAAGUAAAAUCAUCUGUAGGUCAUCAAAUAUCAACUGUACAGGAAGUGGAAUGUAGCCAAACCAUGACAGGGGAUUCUACAGCCCAGGAAUGUUUGAAUGACAGCUUGGGAUCCUCAGUGGAUGGAAAACCUACCGACAACCAGUGCAAUGUAAACUCAGUUUGUAAUGUCCCGACAGAACAGAUGGAAAUAUCUUUUGGAAUUAAACCGUGUAAAGGGGAUGAUAGUGUGUUCAGAAAUGACCUUGAAUAUCAACAAGGAGCUGUAAGGUCAGUUGAAUUAGACAGUGACUCUGGAUUUUAUCCCGAAAGUUCUGACAACUUUGAGAGUUCAGGAGCACAUUCCUUUGCUGGGUCUAUUAAUAGCUCCCUUGGUAGGUCAGGUGUUGGUCCUGAACUGGAUCCCCAAGGAUCCAUGCCACAGGCAGUUCACCCUUUAUUACCUGGGGAUGUUCAUCAGGAAUGUGAUAAAACUAAUGCACCAUAUGAUAAGAUUUCACCUAUGAACAGUGAAAAACCAGUAUUUAUAGCUUCAUUAGAUGACUCUGAUGUCAUGGAGAGCAGUCUAAUAUCCCCGACUGAUGUCAGCCUUCAUCUGUCCCAGGACUCGGAGUCAGACUCCGGUAAAAAUGGGAGAAAACGAGAACAUGACCAUUCCUUGGAGGAUUCUCACAUUGAUAUUCCAAAUAAGUGUAAAAAGGAUGAAAAGUUUCCUUCUGACAAUGUAUAUGUGGAUUGUAUAGAUCAAGAACACAUGACAGUGGCUCCAGAGCAUGGAAAUUCACAAAACAUUCCACAAAGUUCCAAACAAAAUUUGAAUUCUCAAUUAACUUUCAAUCCAAAUUUCCAGACUAGCUCUGGAUUUAUUGUCUGUGAUAUUUUACAAGAUGCUGCCAAGGCAAUGUCUGCAGAUUUCGAUGACGUUCAUAGGUCCUACUCCUCAGAUUCUUUAGAGGAUGCUGACUCUCUGGAUGGAUCAAGACCUCGCACAACCAGAGAGCAGGAACUGACUGAUUCUCUGGAGGAUUCUGAAGGCGACCAAGGGGAAAAUAAAUCUAAACGUAAGAAACCAAAAUUUGAUACAGGAUCUCUACAAAGUCAUGAGCAAAAAUCUGACACACAAUCUUUACAAUGUGAACAGCAAACUGACACAAUAUUUCUACAAAGGGAACAACAAACUGACACAGGAUUUCUUCAAAGGGAACAACAAACUGACACAGGAUCUCUACAAAGGGAACAACAAACUGACACAGGAUCUGUACAAAGGGAACAACAAACUGACACAGGAUCUGUACAGGGGGAACAACAAACUGACACAGGAUCUCUACAGGGGGAACAACAAACUGACACAGGAUCUCUACAAAGGGAACAACAAACUGACACAGGAUCUCUACAAGGGGAACAACAAACUGACACAGGAUCUGUACAAGGGGAACAACAAACUGACACAGGAUCUCUACAACAGGAACAAAUGACUGACACAGGAUCUGUACAGGGGGAACAACAAACUGACACAGGAUCUGUACAGGGGGAACAACAAACUGACACAGGAUCUCUACAGGGGGAACAACAAACUGACACAGGAUCUCUACAACAGGAACAAAUGACUGACACAGGAUCACAACAAAGUGCAGUUGAAUCACAAGGAUGCGGCAGUUCUGAACAAAAGCAUUCACAGAUGGAGAGUAGUGAAAAAUUCCAAAAUGAAACUGUUCCAUGUUUGAAUGAUGAAGUGAUUGAAUUUGGGAGCAAUACCAGUGUGUCUACCAGCAAAAGUCAUAAACAUUCAGAUUUUGAAGUGUCAGAAUCAGUGUCAACUGUUGACUUAGAAAAUGAAAUAUUUAAUGUUGACAAAAAAACUAACUUGUCUCAAACUGAUGUUGAAAUAUUUUCAACACCUGUUCCAGAGUGUCCAGCUGGAGAUAGAACAGUGACAUUGACCAAAAGUGAUGUUAGCUUCUGCUCAACACCUAAUACUGUUGAAUCAUGUGAUGGUGAAGGUUCAUUAAGUACUGAUAAUAUAUACCCCGCAUGUAAAGGGGAUGAAGUUUCAGAAAUAUCAGUUUGUGAGCAGACCUCAUCUGCUACUGAUCUCCCUCCAAUCUGCUCUGGUGAUUUGGACUCUUCUGCCACCGCUGAGCCCUAUGUAAUGGUCUGCCCUGGUGAACUGGACUCUUCUGCCACCACUGAGCCCUCUGUAAUGGUCUGUCCCGGUGAGAUGGACACCUCUACCACCACUAAGCCCUCUGUAAUGGUCUGCCCAGGUGAGAUGGAGGCCACUAAGCCCUCUGUAAUGGUCUGUCCCGGUGAGAUGGACACCUCUACCACCACUAAGCCCUCUGUAAUGGUCUGCCCAGGUGAGAUGGAGGCCACUAAGCCCUCUGUAAUGGUCUGCCCCGGUGAGAUGGAGGCCACUAAGCCCUUUGUAAUGGUCUGCCCCGGUGAGAUGGACACCUCUGCCACCACUGAGCCCUCUGUAAUGGUCUGUCCUGGUGAGAUGGAGGCCACUAAGCCCUCUGUAAUGGUCUGCCCCGGUGAGAUGGACACCUCUGCCACCACUGAGCCCUCUGUAAUGGUCUGCCCAGGUGAGAUGGAGGCCACUAAGCCCUCUGUAAUGGUCUGUCCUGGUGAGAUGGACGCCUCUACCACCACUGAGCCCUCUGUAAUGGUCUGCCCAGGUGAGAUGGAGGCCACUAAGCCCUCUGUAAUGGUCUACCCAGGUGAGAUGGAGGCCACUAAGCCCUCUGUAAUGGUCUGCCCUGGUGAGAUAGACACAUCUGCCACCACUAAGCCCUCUGUAAUGGUCUGCCCUGGUGAGAUGGACGCCUCUGCCACCACUAAGCCCUCUGCAAUGGUCUGCCCUGGUGAGCUAAAUGCCUUUGUCCCUGAGCCCUCUGGAGAGAUGUCUGAAGAUACUUCUUUACAUUUAAAUCAUGUAAACAAUUCCAUUGGUGUCAAUGGAGAACAUCUAGAUCUAGGUCAGGGAUGCAUUUCAGCAGCAAGUGAGUGUGAAUCAGAGGCAUCUCACACCCAGCACCAUCCCGACAGCAACCAAGGUCAAGUGAUCAGUAUCAUGGAGGUCACUCCAAAUCAACCAGACACCAAGUGUGUGGACAUACUUAUGGUUGAUUCUUCUGCAACAUUUAAGGAAGCUAAAAACAACAUGGAGGACUCUAGCUGUCAGACAAACCAUCCCUCAGAUAUGAACUUCAUACCAAUCAGCAAUGCUUCAGAGGACUCUAGCAGUCAGGUGACUGAGCAACCCUCCACACGAAGUCUGGGCAUUGUGACCACACCUGAUCUCCUGAUUGCUGAGGAGGACAAUGUUGGAGGAGCCAGUGACUGUUCCCAGGACUCCAUCCAGGAACUCCAAGAACAGUUGCAGCAGCUAGAGGAGUUUCCUGGUCAAAAGAGUGCUGCUCCUAAUGCUAACCCUCCACUGUCAUCCUCUCGCAGGGCGACACGCCACCGUGCCAUGAUCCGACAAAAACAUCGCGGAGUGGAUGAAUCAGAUGACUUCAGUCCUGAGUCUGGUGACUCCCUUGGCUCUGGGAAUGUGUCCAAGCCAUCAUCCCGACCUGACUCAGCCUCCAAACGCAGGCGUCGAAUUAUCAAAUCAAAGUCAGAUCGUCGCUCAAACUUGAAAGCUCCCAGUUCUGAGGACUAUGUCAACUCUGAGAGUGAUGAUGUUUGUUCGGAUGAUUCUCCUCUAGAGCCAGGUGAUGUGAAGCCAGAAGGCUUAGACGAGAGUGACCCUUCGGUGACUUAUAGUGACUUUGCCCAACAGCUCUCAUCUGCUCUAGGUGAACAUGACAGUCAUUACACAUAUGAAUGUGCGGAAAACAGUGAGGAAUCAAGUGAUAAGAGAGAGGAUUUAAAACCUGGUCAAAGUGAAAUAGAAUUCAAUAUGGAAGAUCACUACAUGAAUGGUUUUACAAGUCAUGGGGAUGACGAGAGUAGGGGUGCUAUUCCAAAGAAGAAAAAUAAGCAUUUUAGAAAAAGGACAAGCAAUGGGUCUAGCACAAGUGAUUUAGAAAAUGACAUGCGACCUUCUUCAAGGACACCAUCAGAAACACGUGAUAUGGAACAGCAGACGGAUGUAAGUUGGUUGGAAUUUCCAGCAAUUUCUUCAUCCAGACAAAAAUCACCAGUAUUGAAUAUCUCUCCUCUGAGUGUGUGGAAUUCUGGAGAUAGAGGGGUAAAGGCUUCCAACGGCCCUCACGGGUCGGGUGGUGUUAAUGUUAGCAUGGACAGUAGGCACAUCAAAAAGACCAAGAGGACAAAACCGGUUAAGUUAGAGUUCACUCAACCUGAUGUCUGGUCAGCAGGCACCUGGGUAGAGGAUUAUGCAUCAAGUGGGAAAAUGGAUGCAGACUUUUCUUCUGAUUCUGAUGAUGACCAUGCCUAUGUUAUGGAAACAGAAGUGUUCUCACCGCAAUCACCAAGUGCUUGUGAUAAAUUCUUUAAUGAUGGAGAUUCAUCGGACACUAAAGAAGAUUCAUAUUCUGUGAAAUAUUAUGUGACAAUUAAUGAGGAAAAUACCAACAUCAGUUACAAUGUUGAUAGAACUGAAUAUAAAACCUAUUCUUUGAGAAGUCAGAUUCAACCAAACGAACAAACAAUGAGUAUUCCGGAAAGUAUCAACAUAAAUCUGACAGCAACAGACUCACAUACAUCAGAGAGUCGACAUACAUCCUCUAAUUCACAGCAUGUAUAUCUCAACAACUCUGACUCAGCUUCUUCAUCUCCAGAGCAGAAUGUUGUGGUUUCAGAGAGAACUUUUCACACAGUACAUGAAGCAUCUAGAGAUGAAGAUGAUGUUAUAGAAAGACAUUUUGAGGAAGAAACCACAGCCUCCUAUCUAGAACUCUGUCCAGGGACAAGUACACCUCAUCCGCCUCACGUAUCCGUGGAGACAGGAGACAUAAACAAAAAUGAUGUCCUUUCUCCUCGGGAAUCUGACACUACCUCCGACUAUGGAACAAUGAUAAUGGACAACAGACGUGACUAUACAUCCUUUACCCUUGACUCAGGAGAUGAGGAAGGGUCUCAGGCUAGUGGGUACAAAUCUCACCCAGAUAACCAGGAUGGCAGUCCCCUAGAGGAUAAAGUGUUCAUUAUCCCUAAUGACGAUUCAGAUUUGUCGCUAGCUGAAUUGAGGAAUAUGCCUUCAAUGAAGAGUGAAGAUGUGGAUUCCAUUUCACAAAACGGGCAACAGUUGUGUCCAUAUGAGCAAAUCUCAAGAAGGAAUGUUGUAGCAGGCACUCAGCAACUUCCUUGCGAGCCGGAAUUAGUUUCAAAUGUGAUAUCCAGUGAUCAGUUUGAUCGUCUCUCAGAUGGGAGUUCUGAUAUAGAAAACAGUCAGUUUGUGGAAGCUGAGAGCGUUCCACAUUCUGAAAAUGUUGCCCAACAAGUGUUGGAUGCUUUUGCUCGUAUGUCUACCCUGACUGGAUUUAAUGCAGAAGACAGCGAUGUCUUAUCAGUGUCCUUAGACCGACUCCAAGGACCAGAUAGUGUUAGUUCAGACUCGUCAAUCUACAAAACUCCCCAGCAAUCACCACGAGAUGACGAGGAAGGAGAUGCUACUGCUGCAAUUGAAAAUGUGAAAAUUCCUGAUCAUCCUCAGUCUCCUCAGCUUUCUGAAGGGAAUAAGGAAAUAUUGAAUUCACCAACGACAUCGCCAUCUAAAGCAGAACAAAGGACGGUGUCUGUUACCACUGAUCCUCUAGCUGGGCCCUACGUCAGGAGAAGGACAGUUGACGAAAGUAGUGUUAGGGAAGAUCUUAAGCGGGAGCUUCAGCAGAAACUAGCUCGGCUUCAGAAGCAUGUAAGAAGUAGGAGUGAUUCAGCAAUUAGUUCUGAUUAUACUGAUGGUGAUUCGACUUCUGUAUCGCCGCGUGGAAGCAGAUUGUACGAGUCCGAUAAGACACUAAGAGGGGGACUCUUCAUAGACCAGGCCGAGGCAAGGUAUCCAGAGGAUAUACGCGUCAUGGUGACUCAAACAAGGACCCAGUUCGACCCCUCUGCUUCUGGACAGACGUUCUCAUCUACAAUCAACAGACUGUUAGACAUCGAUAACAAAACACCCAAAAAGUCUCCUCUAAAAGACUCUGGAAAUGUGUUUGAUGACUCGGACCUGGGAGAACAUGUAGAGGAUGCAAUUGUUCCCGUAAGAGCUGUGAAGAAGGAGUUGAGUAAUUUUGUUCCAAUAGAGAAAGAUACUGAAGAUAGCAAAUGUGAUAAUGAUACGAAUGUCAGUGCCAUUUCCGACUCUAGGUCACUUUCGCCUGGUGAGCUGGUUUUAAGUCCAUCUUCAUCAGGAGACAUUUUCGAGAGUGUAGGAUCUGGUUCUUCAGACCUAGAGGAGGUGUAUAGGAUCAAUACCAAUGGGACUAGACCUGAUCAUUACGACGACGGAAUUGUCCCGAGGUCGUUACCUAGCACACAACGAUCGGUUAAAAAGGAAAAGUCGCCCUCUAUGUCGGAUAUUGCAGUUCCUCGGUGUGACAGAGAUUUAAAACGGUCCAUGUCGGAGGCCAACGUUGAUGACUUCGAAGAAAUUUCAUCUUCAGAGAGCUCAAAUGACAGUAUUGUGUUUGUAUUCAUGGGCCAGUCACAUACUACGGAAAGCAUGGAAAAACUUCAAAAUGAAUACAAUCCACUACCGUUCGGAAACGAUUCGGAACCUGUAUAUAAACCCUAUAACGGGAAUGAUGGAGAAACAAAUUCGAGUCAAUCACAGUUCGACUGUGAAAACACGACCUCAAAAAGUGAGGACCACGACUCUGAUUGUUGUAAUAUACACGAAGAUCAAAUGACAUUAGAAUCUAAGGAGGAGUUGAAGCCAAAGCUAAGCCCGGAUCAUACUGGAGAGUGUGGUUAUAACAACUAUAACGAGGAUGACAACGAACCACUGAGACACAAAUUUGGUAUCGAUGAGGCCGUUCUUCCUAUUCCUGUUAGAUCUGUGUCAUCCGACAACAUUCCAAAACAAACCCAGUCUAAUUUGAUUGUCCACCGAUCACGAUCCACAGACCUGCUGGAGGUAAAUGCAGUGGAAAACCCAAACGAUCCCAGUAACAACGAGGGCAUAUUUCCUCCCAAUGUUGGCUCUGACUUUUGGGAUAACGCGCAUGGAUACCAUGGCGAUGUAGUCGUCAUCGAGGAAUAUUACUCGGACGAUAGUGACUCGAAAAAAAGUGACGUUGUGAAUCUUGACAAAUCAGCAGAUCGAUUUAUAGUCGAGGAAGAUAUGAUGGAGAGAACAGAGGAGAUUACUUAUUCUGAGCUCAUCCCAACACAUCCCUACAAUAGCCGAAAAAAUCCCCCUGAAGAUAUCGACUAUAGCGGUAACAUUAGUGAUACUGGUGUAUCAGAUCAUGAAGAACAGUAUAUGGACGAGUUCUACAACUUACCCACUCCAGGGACUGCUGACACAUCUAAACGACAAGAUUCUAUUCGGAUCGUCGAUCCUUCAGGACAACUCCCCUCGGAUACUGACAUACAGAAACGUUUGACAGAUUCCAGUACUCAAACAGAGGUUGUUGAAAAUCCAUCCGAAAAUCAGCAGGAAUCACAGGUCCUACCAGCUCUGGCUUCCCCGUAUCGAGCACAGAGUAUGGGUAACAUCAAUCCUGUUGACAGUUCAAUUACUCUCACACUUCCAGAAAGCACUGAAAACUGGGAAAACCUGUCACAUAUAGUUAUUGAAUCGACAUCCCUAAUUAAUAAUCUUAACCAAAAGAUUCACGGAAUUCAUACAACUCCUGAUUCGUCUCAAGAAAGACUGAAUUUUCCCCCUCUAAAAACCGGAUCUCGCCCCGUCUGCGAGCAAAAUAACUUGGACAAUGAGGCUCAUGAUGGGACCACUCAAACAACAAGAUCAUUAACUGAUCUGCACAAUCUUGGUAUACAAACCGAUGAUGAAUGGAUGUCAUUUGAUAGGGAAGAUUCUCCCAAUAGUAAUGAUUCUACCCAGACGGACAGCGAUAUCACUAGACCAAGAGAGUUAUCAGAAACCGAAACAACUGAUAUCAUUCCACUAACGGUGGACCUUCCUGUUAACUAUGAUAGGGUUUUCCCUCCAGAGCCUUCGAAGGAGAUGUCUUGUCAAACAUCACCCGACACCACUGUUGAUACAGUUGAUAGCUCUAUGCAAACUGAUGAAUUUGAGAAAGUACUUUCAAGACUUAGUAAUGCCCUGAAGAAUGAUGAUAGCGGACCAGAAGAGAUUGAAGAGGAAAUAAAAGCGUCUUUCGUUGGUGACGUGAAAGCACAGAAAACGCUGAAGUUAUCAUCUGGUCAUAUAACAUCGCGUGUCCAAGACCAAGCUGUCAUCGAAUGCAACAAUGAAGAACAUCAUUUGCGAAAACAUAAUUCCAAGCAGGACCAGACACAAACUGUCAUCAUUGAGAGACAGAGUGUCAUAGAAACAGAGGCGAAUGUCCCUGACAUGAAUGUGACUAAUGCUGAAAUGGAGGCUCUUAAAGCUGAACAUGUUAAGAUGAUGGAAACUCUAAAGAAAGCAGCUGAAGGCAGAAAAAGUAGGACGCAAGAACUGAAAACUAGACUGGAGAAACAAACGAAUGUAGAACACGAGUUUGCCGGCGAUCAGACAGGUCAAAAUUCUUCAAAUGUAGACACACGGCGUGAAGAUCGGGAUAUGAGGUCGUGGUACGACACACACCUAUCCUCCGAAAUCAGUUCAAAAUAUGACAGUAGCGCUGUCAGGAGGGAUACCACAACGGAAUGCGUCGAAACAACAAUUCUUACCGAAAAAGAACAUCUCCCUGACGAAUCUGGUGAUCUAGAUGCCCUCUUUAAACAUAGCCAUAGAUAUUUGGGUAGCAGGGAAAACUUGGAGAAUAUUGAUGACAUAUUGUUUGAUAACACUCGGGAAACAAGUGACUCAAGAACAGCUGAACCUUUGUCAACAAAAUCUCGAAAAUUGAGAAGGCCGAAAGAGACAUCGCGUGUACAAGAACCCUCUACCGAGGUGAAUGAGGACCAUAUUUUACCAGUUCGAAAAUCAGAUCAACAAAGUUCAUUACCGUCGAUCGGUGCGGAUGAAAAUCCAAACAAACUUACCGAUGUGUCGAGGCUGGACUCUUUGAGUAGUUUAACAUCAGAAGGAACAUUACUCGGCGAAGAGGUUUCUCAGUUUCUUAAUGAUGAAAAUGAUGGUAGAUCAUAUAAUUUCAAAGAUGACUUUCGAUCCGGAGCUGAAAACAGAACACUUCUUGCGAGGAACAGUGCUGCCAGCGAACCUGUUGGUGAUGAACUUAGUGACAGGGAAGGAUCACCACGACUCCAGACUCCUCCAAACUCGCCCAUCGCGUUGAGCAAUGAUGAAAUGAGAAGUUCGCAAUUUCAAAAACCACAACCGUACCGGCGAUCUCCGGAAGUUCAGCCUAACUAUUUAGCCACACUAAGAAAACAGCCCCCUGUUACAUCAUUGACAGAGACGAGUGGAAAGGUCAGUACGGGUGUGGAGGUGUCUGUUGAUAACUCUGAUGACUUUACUCAGACCGAUCUCCAGGCACUCAAACUCGACCUUACUGAAUUCAGUAUCAAUAGUACCACGCAAUCCGAAACACGCACAGUCCGUCCUAAAUCGAAUCCGUCUAUAAGAUCCGAACUCUCAAGGCUGCAAAAGGAAAGGGUUGAAAUCAUAGAACUGCUGUCCAUGAAUUAUCUGCCUGCCAGCUUAACUGUAGAACUGCUGGAAGCUAAACUAAACUACUGCAUAGGGCAGACAGACACAUUGCUGAAAACCCUGGAGGAAACAUGGGACAGAACAGACUUCAUCGUUAACAACGAACAUCACCACACUGAUAUUACCAAGGAAUAUGUCACCAAUUACCGCCAUGAUCUGCAGAAAUCCAAAUGGGAUAUUCAAAUAUGUAAGGAGAAAAUGAAUCGUACUGUAAAACAUGGCGCCGGUCGUGGUAGAACUAGGACAAGGAAUAAAGACAUUGCCAAGUGGAAACGCCUGGAGGAAAUUGAAGCUUUUAAGGCCGAGAGGUUCAUGGAACAACAGAACUAUGAAAGAGCGAGAAGUAUUAGUCCUUUGAAAAAAGCGUCGCCAAGUGAAAAUGAGAGACAUUCACGUAGUGUUAGUCCGUCGUCAUUGGAAACCUCUCCUCGACUGAUGACACCGAAGCAGCACAGGGAACACCUCGUAGAUUUGAGGCGCACCCUGGUGGAAGUGACGGAAAGAGAUGAACAUGCGUACAGAGCGAGUAGGUCGUGCUCGCCACAGCUCAGUCAUUAUGACGACACAGACAGAAUACUUAGUCCUCGGAGUUCUUCGUAUAACUGUUCUCCCCAAACGUCACCUGUACACCAUCGGUACUCCUCGCAUGCCAGUCCGGAACAUCGGUACAUGCCACGGACAUCGAUGUCACCACGAGCAUCACCAGAGCGUCAUUAUUCUCCUUGUAGUUCUCCAGAGCAUCAGCAUUACAGGACGGACUAUGGCAGUACCAACAGUCUGUCCAUUCCAGACCAACACAUACUGACCCUAUCACCGAGGAGUUACUCCAACAGUCCAGCUAGGGUGCACACACAGACCCGACCUGACUUAUACAACGGAACGUAUCUCACCUCCCGUGUCACCAGUGCUUCUCCACAGCGAACUUCAUCCGCGCAUCGACGGACCCAAUUUGAUCACGAAGGGAUCCAUGAUCGGGAGUCGAAGGGUAAUGAUCAACUGUAUGUCUUCCAGGAGACACGUGACCUGUUUAGGGACAUGCAGGAAGCCAGGAUGCAGAAUCAGCAAGAGAUUACCCGAGCACAGAAUACACUGCUGCAUAGUACCAGAAACUACAGUGGAAUGAGAUCCAGGACUAGUUCCAAUGCUAGUUCCCGCCGGUCGUACAGUUCCUAUAGAGACUAUGCCCGUGACCUGAUCGAGGGCAGCCGCCGCUCCAUACAUGGUGUAGUGAGUGGUAGUUAUGAACUGUAUGAUGACAGCACUCAGCACAGCAGGGAAACUGGAGUAAUCUCCCCUCCGUCAUCCGUUGUGUCCGACCUGGAAUCGUUACCAGAUUCCAUUCUAAGUGAGCAGUAUGCCAGUAAUACUACACAUUCCAAUAUGAACACAGAUCCAUCCUUCUUGAGAACUAGACCUAUCAACUCGAAGGACAUUAAGUCACGAAUUAGGAAACAUCGGAGGGUGCCAACCACGUCAUAGUGUCCAUAUAAACAGUUUAAAUGAGUUCUACGGUUGACUAAUAGAAAAACAAAAUUAUGCUGAUAUUUUCCAAAGAAUACGGUAUUCGUUAUAUACAUCAGUGUCAGGUUUAGUGAUGCUCUAAAAACAUUUUGAUUUAAUAUUUUAUCUCAGGAAAUUAUUCUUUCCCUGUCCGAUCAAGUCGGACCACGGCGACCUGUCGUGUUGAUUAUUGAUAACGCUACAGGGCCUGGUGUGUCGUUUAUGUGAUUUGUGAAUAAUGGUUUGUAAGACGCCGAACUAGACGUCACAUGCCGUGUAUACACUUUGACAGUAAACGGGAGGUCAUACCUACCACGUUAAGAUCAACACGACAGGUCAUCAUGGUCCGACUUCCAAUACAUUGGAAUGUGUAGGUGAUGCAUUUCAUUGGUAGAUGUCUGUGAUAUUAUUGGUGCCAAAGUUGAAUGUCAGAGGUGUGAGAACGAGCGGUUUGUAAACGUCCUAAUUUAUCUAUGUUUAUUCCCCAUUUUAUAUAAAGAAUGACUAGCACAUUAUGCUAGGACCGUUAUUAAUAUGCUGUUUAGUUUUUACCUGUCAAGUAAGGUUCUUCGUGUGGUGUACGGUAUACAGCAUUUCAUAACUGACUUGAAACAAAUCUGAUUACGGAAGUGAUACUCGGGUGAUUGCUAGGAAAUGAAGGAUGAAAAAUUGGUGUGAAUGCCAGAUUUGUGUUGUAGCUAAUUAUGGCAGGAUUUAGAAGCUGCUGUGUUUUGUUUGCUUGUAUGAGUCGACAAGUAAAAUCUGUGGUGCAUGUUGUUUUAGAUUUCUGCAAACCGGUUCGAAUCGUCUUUUUGAUUAUGACCAUAGAUUGGAAGAAUCGCCUGGAUAUCGGACCAUUAUAAUGUUUUGUUAUAUUUAUGUUUCUGUGCCCUUUUUAUAUUUUUUGUUUGAUAUAUUUAAUAUAGUGAAUGAAUGGCAGUGAUACAGCAAUCCUAUAAAUCAGAGAUCCUGUUUAAUCAGAUUUUAAGAUUCCGUCCAUCUACAACAGCUGCGAUUUAUUUUUAUUUUGCCAUUUUUUUGUUUCGUACUUCUCAAGGACAACAAAGCAUGUCGGAGUUUUGGUAACAAAAUGAUCUUAUAAUGCGAUAACGCCUAGUCAGAGCAACGAUUGUGAUAAAUGGUUUGUGAUGAGACCAUUCAAGGGAGUUAACUCUUGUUAGCAUUCGGUUUUAGUGAAUUAUCCCUCUUCGUCUAUUGGCAUCGGCGAUUUAUAUGGACUGUCUAGAUUGACGACCGUCGCCAGGUAGACCCUUGUUCAGGUUACCAGCUACUACUUGGCGUGGAAUACUUAAAGUUUAGGAAGAGUUCAGUGGGGUUCGCUGGGGAAUUUUGUCGACUUAUAGUUUAGGGCGGGGUUCGCUGGGGAAUUUUGUCGACUUAUAGUUUAGGACGGGCUUAGCGGGGUUCACUUGGGAAUUUUGUCGACUUAUAGUUUAGGACGGGCUAGUUUAGGACGGGCUCAGUUGGGUUCCCUAAAAUAUAUUGUCGAAUCCGCUGAAUUAUUUUCUCUACUGCUGGUUAGUUGUUGUAACUUACCAAAGACACACCACCUAUUAACUGGGACGUGUUCAUUUUCAAUGUAUUUCAAUCAUACUAGGAUACCUUUUAAAGAUAAAGAUGAUCCUGAAAAUAAAAUAGCAUUAUUGAUUGUUUGAUUCGUCUCUCCAUCCCGUAUCGUAUGCAUUAUAUGCUAGGCAGCAUAGAUUGGUGCCUUUAAGUUUUGCAUUAUCAAUAUUUACGGUUCCGUCUGCAUUAUAUUUGCAAGGUGUUUUUGUUAGGCGAUUGUUUCAGUAUUUAGUGUUUUUAACGAUGGUUAUUUGAAUAUACUUCAAGCACCAUGAUCAGUUAAUGAAUUAUAUAAGGCAUUUAUGAACGUCCUAAAUGUAUAUACGAGAUAUUUAUACGAUAUUUUUGUAACAAAGCGUUGUUCACGGUGUAUCACACACACAUCACCACAUAUCUGUACUCGAUCAUCCAUCUUCACACAAUCAUAACCAUCAAUAAAAACAAAUAUACAAACUG